AAUAAAAAAGAUCUUCCUUAUAUAGUUGCAAUUACAACUCAAAUAACAUUAAAAAUACAAAUAAAAUUUAAAAAAACAAUCCCAACAUUUAGCCAUUCACUUUCUUCUUCUCAUCUGGGUUGAGCAGCAGUCAAAGCAAAGGCGCUCACUAAAACACUUAGUUGUCAUGGUUAGAGAAAAAGAAAUAUACAUAAAAAAACAUCCAUGAGAGCAGACUGUAAAAACAUCUGUUUUUUAGUGUAAAUUCUGAUUUUUAAUUAGGGAGUCAAUGAGAAACAGCUGCCUUCUGAUACCCUGUGUGAUGAAAAAAUAAAUACAGAAAUGGAUGCACUGAUAGACUUAGUCGGCACGUGAUAGAGAUGGAGGCUCACACGAUCAACUACACUGAAAAAAACAUGGCUUUUCCUUGUAAAUUGCCUUUUCCCUCAUAAUUUCACAAGUUUAUUCUCAUAAAUGUAUUUAUUCUUUUUAGUUUAUGGUGGGCCUGUGGUGAUUCUGUCGUACAUAAUUGUUUUAAUACAUGGCACUAGACAGUUUUCUCAUCUGUUUUUUAUGAGCUUUUGUUGUGUUGAAGGAACCUGGGCAUAGGGUUCGUUCUGAGAGGCUUUUAUUUUGACAGGCGCAGGCGGAAAGGCCGCCAUGGCCCGUCGAGCUUACUGUUGUUGAGUUUCCAGAGAGGCGGGAGGCAGCAGGGACGCGGUAACCUGCAGCAGGAGGACUCACAUGGUCCUGCUGCACCGAACCACCGAGCACCGGGACUCCCCACGCGUCCGACUCGCAGCUCAGCUCCCGUGUUUCGAACACUCUUCUCCCCGUUUUCCCCUCUCUCAGUCACAUUCUCCCCCCGCAUCCCUUCGUCCCCCGCGCAGCCCGGCGGCAGGCGGACUCGAGCCGCUGAAGCAGCAGCGACAUGGCCCGGGAGAACGGAGACACCGGCGGAGUAGGGACGUGGAAAAAACAAGUCGACGACAUCAAGAAGAUCUUCGAUUUCAAAGAAGUCCUCGGAACGGGGGCGUUUUCCGAAGUGGUUCUGGCCCAGGAGAAGUUGAGCGGCCGGAUGUUUGCGGUGAAGUGCAUCCCCAAGAAGGCCCUGAAGGGGAAGGAGAGCAGCAUCGAGAACGAGAUCGCCGUGCUGAGGAAGAUCAAGCAUGAGAACAUUGUGGCUCUGGAGGACAUCUAUGAGAGCCCAGACCACCUCUACCUGAUCAUGCAGCUGGUUUCUGGAGGAGAACUGUUUGACCGAAUUGUGGAAAAAGGAUUUUACACAGAGAAGGAUGCGAGCACGCUGAUCCGUCAGGUUCUGGACGCUGUAAACUACCUGCACAAGCUGGGCAUUGUGCACCGAGACCUGAAGCCUGAGAACCUGUUGUAUUUCAACCCUCAAGAUGAAUCCAAGAUUAUGAUCAGUGACUUUGGUCUGUCUAAGAUGGAAGGCAGCGGCGACGUCAUGUCCACAGCCUGUGGCACCCCGGGAUACGUGGCUCCAGAGGUCCUGGCUCAGAAGCCCUACAGCAAAGCAGUGGACUGCUGGUCCAUUGGAGUGAUCGCCUACAUCCUGUUGUGUGGUUAUCCUCCGUUCUACGAUGAGAACGAUUCCAAGCUGUUUGAGCAGAUCCUCAAAGCCGACUACGAGUUUGACGCCCCGUACUGGGAUGACAUAUCCGACUCCGCCAAGGAUUUCAUCAGCUGCCUGAUGGAGAAAGACCCAGCCAAGAGAUUCACCUGUGAGCAGGCCCUCAGACACCCCUGGAUCGCUGGGGAUACCGCUCUGUGCAAGAACAUCCACGAGUCCGUUAGCCGGCAGAUCAGAAAGAAUUUUGCCAAGAGCAAGUGGAGGCAAGCGUUCAAUGCCACGGCUGUGGUGCGGCACAUGAGACGACUGCAGCUCGGCAGCAGCAUGAACAGCAGCAUGGACGGCUCCAACCCCUCACGGCAAGCCCAGGUGCAGAGGCCGGCCCAAAACCCGAGCCAGAACGGUCAGAACCAACCAGCCCAGAGCCAAAACCCUGCGCAGGGGGUGCAGAGCGCCAACAGCACCGCCACUAAAAACCCCGCAGACAACAACACAGCCGCUUCCCGCAAGGAAUGCGCACCGGCACCCGUGACUCCCUGCAGUCUGGCAUCCGCUGCUUCUUCUCCCGCUGCGGGGGUGGAGCUAAACCAUCCCCGCCCCUCCGCUGUCCCCGCCCCUGUCCUAACGGAGACCAAGUGACGCCAGGUCCCGCGGGGCGCCAGCUGGGAGGCCACAGCACUGUGAAACAGAGAGAGGAGGAGACGGAGGAAGACCGCGCCCUUCUUCGUCCUCCACAUCCUUCUCUUACAUGUGCCCCCCCCUACACCCACCUAGUGCCCCGCCCUGCUCGAAGAAGAGCAGAGGACUUUACCUCCACGCCCCACCAAGUCAAGCAUCAAACCGUAAGCCAAUCAGGAGCACAUGCAGCGUCGUGCGGCAGGAGAUCCACCCUCCUGCUGACAUCCCAUAGUCCGUGUCGGUCCCCCUCCCUCCUGAAUCUUUUUUCCUGCUCCUAUUAAGCUGUUGACAACUGGACUCUUUCAUUUCUGUGCAAUUGUUAUUUUAAAGGUGCUUAUGUAAAGCGUAGCAAACGUCAUACAACCAUUUUGUUUUUUAAUGAUUCAUUUGAACCCUUAAUUAUAUCUAGGAUUUAAAAAGCCAUGAUCAGCAUCAUAGAGUAUAAAAACUAAUGUUUUUAUUCAUACAAAAAACAACAUGGAUUCUUAAAAACACAUAGGUGAACUUCUUUUAAAGCCAUAGCUUAUUUGUAUGCAUCAAGGAAAGCUUUGCCGUCUAAAUUCAAGGUAGGCGUGAACGCCACAUACACAUCGGGGGUGCGUACCAGAAUGCCCUGAACGUGGGUUUUUUCAUUGCACAGGUGGUGUACGGUGCUCACACUGGACUGUCGCUACCCGAUACUAGCGCAUGUGCUCGCUUGAUGCAAAAUGUCGAAGCAGUGCAAAGCUGGCGAUCCUUGCUCCAGGUUUUUUCUUUCUCAGCUCUAUUACGAUUUAUCAAAGACUUGGUGUCAUAGUAUUAAUUACUCCUUCAUAAUCGAUUUUCCACCGGUCGGGAAUUCCGUGAAUUGAAAAGGACGCCAUCCAUACGUAGCUGCCAAAUCUGAGACCCUGAUUGGUCAACUGGCUUAACGUGCGCUCAAUGGACGCCUAAAAGAAUUGAGUGUUAAUGCCCAAAACACGCACAUACAGUACAUGCGUUUACGUAGACUUUUCAUUGAAAGCGGUCGCUGGAACGCGCAUUUCCAAAGGCCGUGUGAACAUAGCGUUACAGUUUCAAUAAGCCAAGGUCAAAAAAAGUCUUUCAUAAGCAAGCUAAGCUAAUGUUUAAAGGAACUUUACACUGUGAAUGGAAUCAGCAUUUCACAGAGAUACCACGCCCUCUUCAUAAAUGCGCUUUGAAACAUUUGUCACCUGUAAACCCAUUUAUUUGGGUCCCAUUGAUUUGAAUCCAUCUUUAAAACGGAGAUGCUACACCGAAGCCGACACUUGUUUACACACAUUUUACUGCAAACUUCUUUGACAUUGAUUCUCCUUCAUGAAAAUGCUACACAUAGCACCUUUAAGACAUUUUCUGUGUCCGUAUGGAGUUGUUUGUCCUCUCUCUGUGUUUGUCUGUGCUUGAAAAAGUGCUUUAAAGAUACCACAUGACUGUUGACGUGGCGAGGCGAGGAUGCGCUUUAUUGGUCUUUGUGUCAGCUGCCAUGUACAUAUGUUUCACAGAGAGAGGGCGGCUUGUCGUCUCAAAUAUUUGCUUUAUAAAGUUUAUAACAAUCACCCUUUAAGGGAUGCGCAUACAGGUUUCUAAGAAACAUGCAGCCUUGGAGAGAGAGCGCCAUGUUUCUGUAAAAACGUUCUAGGAUGGAGAAUGUAACGUCUGGUUUAUGGUUCUGGGUCAAAUCCGUAAGCUAUGCCAUAGGAUUUAAUGCGUACACGCGUUAAUGUACGCAGCAAGAGGUCGGCUAAACACGUGUGACCCGUGCGAACGUCCAGAACUGAAUUCUUUUCCUCUCUGAUAAGCCAUGGUCCAACCUUCCAGUUGUGCAAAGCUGCACCCAGUCCAGAGGUCCUCAGAGUUUCUGCAGCUGCACCGGCCAGCACUGCCUCUGCUGUCCGUACCCACCCCCCACCCACCCCCAGAGGGCAUCCCAGUUCACUGUCUGAGGCUGAAGACAGAUGAAAUGUCCAAACAGAAAAGGCGGAGUAGGGCUGUGGAUGGUCAGGUUUUGGGAUUUUUUUUUCAUGGACUUGAUUCUGAAAGGUCACAUCAGAGAGCAGGGCAGAACUCUGCAGGGCAUCUGCUCACUCGCAUCAUAAGAAUCCAGUUCAUUAAAGGCAGGCUUUCUAAUCCCUUUAUUGUGAAAUGUAGCCAAAGACUCCAGUUGGGUUUGAGAACAAUGAAGUUCAUCUAAAGGUUCCUGAUGGAGACAAUUGGGGGAAAAAGUUUAGUCUUUAGGAAAGUAGAAUUUUCCUCCUUUUAUUUUGAAAUACUUUUGUCAUCCAAGCAACCAGGAAAUUAUUCAGAGGUUGGAUUUCAGUUUUCUGCGACCUCCUUUUUGUUUUUAGCUUCACCUGCUGGGCCCUAAAGAUGACUCAAACGUAAAAAAAACCACACUUUUUUUUAACCAACCAGUCCUCAUUCUUAAACUGCUUUAACCCUUUAACACCCAGAUGUCUCAGGCGAAACCUAAACAUUUACAAGAUAAACAUUGGUCAAAGAAAAGCAGCUCUCCGUAUCGGCUCUCACUGAUAUGAAGAGCCGAACGUAAAGGUUUACUUUGGUAACGAAAACGUACAACAGAAUCGGCUGAUUUCUGCUAAUUGCAUGAGUGAUUAAAGAGUUGUGGUGACAAAAGAAUGUCAACAAUGGAGUUGAACUUUUUUUCUAAUAUUUAAAAUGCAGCUUAAAAGUCGUACUGAGCUGCUGCAGAUUUAGAAAACAUCCCACAUCGAUCCUUGUUGAAGAUCCCAACUCAUGAGUCCUGACAGGUCAAGUCGAUACCAGAUAACCGUUGGUUAGUGGAGGAGAUUAUGUCAUCCAUUAGGGCUGGGUUGAUAAAAUCGAUUAAUGGAUCUGAAUCGAUCCAAGCUUAAUAGUUCAAAAAUUGAUCCAUAAAUGUAGAAAUUGAUCUUUUAUGCCUUUCCUUUUCCGGUGACCUAACGGAAGACAAUGAUAAAGCCAAAGUCCAGUAGCUUGAUGCUAACAUAUAAUGGAAUUUCCCAUAGGACGGCUAAUGCUAACACUUGGUAGACCUAAACAUGCAUUACUGACUAAAUGAACAGCUUUCUAGAAUCACAGGCAGAAAAUUUCCAACCCCUUCUAAGAAAACACUUUAUUAAAAGUAACCAUUUGUGGUCUAAAGCACAGUUUUCCUCAAAUCUUCUGGAAUAAAGUGUGAUGCUAUAACGCCAGCUCCACCUAGUGGCCAAACUGAAACGUCAUCAGGAGAGACAUUUUAGUUGGAGCUUCUCCUCUUGAGAAAUCAUGAAACACUUGAUGGUGUUAACAAUCUCAUUGGUUUAUUAUCUCACAAAUGCAUUUUACAGUAUGUGAACUGUAUCAGAUUAAUAUAAAUAUCUUAAAAACAUAUAUAAAUGAUUAUUGUAUUUCUAUACAAAUGUCUAAAUGUGUAAUUUAUGUAAGUUCAAUAUUGAAUCAAUUCCAAGUGAAUGAAAUGGAUCAAAAUAAUCGAAAAAAGAAAAAAUAUCAUCAAAUAAAUCGAGUCGAUUAUGAAAAUUAUUGGUGAUACGCAGCCCUAUCAUCCAUACAUCCGAGGAAACUCUUUAAGACAUUCCCAUACAACACACUGACACUGAUAAAGUAGUGGCAGCGUGUACUCCUGUUAGCCGCUAGUCACGACCCAAAUGAUCCAUAUUACCAAGCUGCAGUUUUUAUGUUUUGCCACAUUAUUUGGCCAAAGGAAUUUGUUUUGGAGCAUUUCUGGGGGGGACAGUCCCAGAUAACCAGACGAACCAGAUGUCUUUGUGUUUUGGAAUGUGUUUGUUGUGAUCUGAAAGUCUCCUAUUCUGUAUUUUGCUGAUUAUUAGGACUGAUAGAAGUGCGGUAGAAGUUUGUGCUUUAGAACAUCAUGAGAGUGAUCUCCGAGACAAACAAAAAAACACGUACUUGACAGUGAACGUAGAUCUGCAAAAGUAUUUAUGGUCUGCAGUGGUCAGAACUGAUUAAAAGUGAUCCAAUCGGUCACUGUGGUUAGUUGACAUUUUGGAAAGGCUGAGCAGUGGUCAAGGUUGGGUUCAUGGACAAUCCGGACACGGAAGCUCCAAUCCUGGUUCUGAUAGAAAAAGAGUCUCAGCAGCAGGAAGACCUGUUCACUGCCAGAUGCACUAAAAAGGUGCUGAUAUAUCACAGCUGGACCCCCAAGACAAGAAGGUCUGGUCUGGUCUGAUCCCUCACAUUUUCUUUGACACCGAUAGCCAGGCACAUGUGUGCCCCCACCUGGGGGUUCCAUACUCAGCAGAGGCUUACUAAUGCUUUGGCCAACAUCCUCCAGAGAAACCUUACCUCCUUUCGUUGGCCAAUGCUACUGUUGCAAACCAUAAUACUCAACGAAAUCCAAAUUCCUUGACGGCUUUGGCUCCUUCAGAUACAAUACCUUGGCCAGAAAAGGAAGAGAUCAGGCAUGGAACAACAACCAGUUUGAAUCCUGGACUUGACCUAGAAGUUCCCCAGAUCCCAGUCCAUCAGCAUCUACAGGAUGUACAGGACAUGGGGUAUGACCCGUAGAAGCCUUACCCCUACAACACCUCAAGGAAACAAUGCAGACUUGAGUUCUAAAUACCACAGAACUACUUCAAAGUUCUGAUGGAGGACAUCUUGGGGUCAGCAAAGGUGCGUGGGGGUGACAGAGGGUUAAGGUGUUGAUAUGUAACUAAAUGUUUCAUUCCCUCUCCAGAAGUCCUGAUAUGGAAAGGAGAAGAAUAAAACUGCUUGUGUUCUUACGCUGAUAAGUGACAAGACCCUGCUGUAUAGAUUGUGUCAAAGACUGUAAAAGAACAUCAGUUGUUUAUUUUCUUUACAGUUAAGAUCUUUUAAGUAAUCCUCAGUAAAACCAUUUUUUACCGUGGAAACAAACCCAAAUCACUUCAUGUCCAUUUACUGAGGGGAACCUGUAACCAUGUAAGGGCUUUGUUCUAAUGAUCACCUUUAUCUCUGUACGUUCCACUGAUUGCUAUGCAUUUUUGUACACAUGUAAACCUGGUCAGGCUUUGUUUUCAAGACGGAUCAAGAAGAGGAAAACAUUAGCAGCUGUGGUUAGACGAACCGAAUCGGAGUUUGUUUCAGACGCCGAAGUUCUGUGGUGAAUUUUUGUUAUGUGAGCCAACAGUUCUUUUUUAUUUUUUAUUGAUGUUUGCAAAUCUGAAGCAGGUAAAGGAUUUAAGUUCAGGUUCCUCUGCUUUUACAUCUGUCAGUUUCUGAAAAAGAGAGAAUCCUGCCUGUUUUCAGCGUGUACAUAUGAAUAUUUGCAGGACGUUUCCUGAAUGUUUUGCUGUCCAGGGGUGGCUGAGUGAAUGUGUGUGUUGAGGGAAGUUGAUUGUAGCAUCUGAGGAAUGUCUCUCGUUUAAUUCCCCUUUACUCCCCGACUGCAGUUCGCUUUCAGAAACUGUGACUGCGCAGCUGCACGGAGAACCAAACGCCAUCGGUGUUCCACCUGCACGUCAUCCAGGAGAAAGAUCGUCCACUGAACUCAGGCUUUUUGCCAUUCUGAAGAAGGAAAUCCAAAGCUGUGAUUGACUCAGAAACACACUGGACCUGUUGUUUUCUCCUUUGACUGCUUCUCACAGUGAAGACGCUGCAGUCGGACUGAAAAAAAGACGAGCAUGUUGAGGGACAAAAGUGCUUCUGAAAUGAACUUUCACCAUUAUAUUGUAUGCCCUUGUUUGAUGUUAGUGACUCCCUUAGGGGCUCUCCGGGGGUCGGGUGGAACCGUCUAACCGCUAGGCUUCAGUUCCACUCUUCUCUUGGGCAUCCCAUAACCCAUCUCUGCAGUCGGACGGCGGUCCAUGUCGAUGCCCCGCACUUACAGGCGUCAAUCAAAGAAUGAAAUAACAUUUUAGUGCAAAAAUACUUCAGAAAAAGUCUUAGAAAGUCUUAAUUUUUUUUUUUUUUAGCAUUUGGGAUUUUUGGUUGUUUAAGGAUAAAGAAAAUUUAAUUUAUGAAGCCAGUAAAGAAAAAGAUGUUUUAAGGUAAUAAAACAGGAAAUUCGAUAAAGCAAACCACUGUUACCCAACUGGCAGAUUUUUUAAAUAAGCAAAGAAAAAAAUUCAUGUUUUCUUUCAUGUCUUUUUACUUAAUAUUCAGUUUUUGCAGUGUAGCUGGUAGUAGUGACUAAAAGAUGGAAAUUCACUUUCUUUCAGUUUUUGAUUUGUUUUAUAAAAACUCUGUGUAACAGAACUCCAGUUUAUUUUCCAGUUUGUUGUUAAGUCAACUCUUUCCAUUAGCUUAACUCAGUUACUACUCACACUAACUGCACUCUGUAAGCUGCUUUUUAUACUUCAUAUUAUUUUUUGCUCCAAAUCUACACAAUUAAAAAAAAAAAAGAUUUGAAAGAAAAAUAGAAUCCCGAUGAGACGUUGAAAGGUCCCUGAGCGUGAACUCAUGCGGGCUAAAAGCAAAGAUCUUCCAAACUCUUGAUGGUGAACUAUGGGAUGCUUUUGAGAAUUGGGACUGAAACUCCUCUGCGUGCCGCUCGCCGUCCCCCCCCCCCCCCCCCCCCCCCGUGGGUGUCCUCGUCCAGCGCCUGCUGAGUCUUUCAGCUGUAUUUACUCUCUGCAUGUGUUCGCAAACAGACUCCCAUCAGGGCCGAUGGGGCUGACACAUCAUCAUCAUUGUGCUACGAUGAUGAUGAUGAGUUGACCGGCUUGUAUAUGAGAUGCCUUCGACAAUCAUGAGCACAUAUCAGAGUCACCAUGACACCAAGCGACUGACCGUGUUUUGUCUCCUGGAAUAAAUUCUGAAUGAUCAUAUCUCUUCAUCCAUCACUGCCGUGUUUCUGUGGGACUUUCUUUACCUCCGUGAGCGAUUUCACCACAGAUCUGCUGUGAACGUCCGCUUCAUGCCUUUACUGCUGCAGGACGGGGGACAUUCUCGCUGGAGAGUCACGUUCACUUUCAUCAUUAUCUGUUUGCAACCUGAGGUUCAGUAUUUUUAAAGUAAAUCCAUCACAACUAAAAUACCACAGUUUUUGUGUAGUAAAAAAAAUAUUUUUUAAUAUUUUACCUUAAAUUCAUAUUUUACUCAAGAAUAGCAAAAUAGAUGCUGCAUCUGAGUUCACUACUAAGUCCACUAUAUAGUGCGUUCAGCUUUUUUUUGUGUCCAACUCUAAAAUUCCUAAAUCUGGUGCCCUAGAAAUUUCCCAGAAGUCUCUGAAUCACAAGUGUUCCUUGAUUUUCACUCAAUUGAUAAAUAUAGACCACAAUGCAUUGUGUUUGAACAAUUUGUCAUUUUAGAAAAUGUAUUUACUUUUUUUUUCUUUUUACUAAAUCCACAAAAUGUUCAUAUUAUUAGGUUUUUACUUCAGCAAAUGGAUGACCUUGAAUUUGGUGUUUUCUGAAACGCACAGUGAGCACAGAACGAAAAAAUCCAGGGCAGGACAUUUGAUGGUAGGUAUGGGCGAUGUGUCGGUGCCCGUAUCGGUAUCGGCCGGUAUUUCCAUAAUUUGAGAUUAUCGUUGUCAGGCCAAUAUUAAAAGAAUCCACAUCUUCUGUAAUCAGAAACAUUUUAUUUUUUAAAUGCAUACUUGUUCCCAAUAAAUUGUGAAGUUUA